AAUCAUUCAAUAUCCCGACAUUUCCACCGAGAUAUUUUUAUUUUACUAUGAAAGUUGCUGCGAGUUACAUUCCAUUUUCAGAUAAUCAACCUAUCAAAAUAAAAAAGUAAUAAUUAAAAAGUUGGGCCAAAGUUCACCGGAGGUCAUUGAUAUAAUUUGGAACUAUAGAUAAAAAUGCGCCCAAUGUCUACUUUUAGUUUGUUUUAAAAUUAGUAGUUUGAAUUCUGGAUUUGCAAAGUGAUACAUUGAGAAUAUAACACGCAAUAUGUUCCGUUAUUAUUUAAUUGUUAUUUUAAUAACAUGUUCACGUGUAAGCACAACGAAAUUAGUUUUGCCUUCUGUGGAUAAUACCUAUGAACAAGGCGUCCUGGCAUACAGUAACGAACGUUGGUCAAAAUGUAUCGAGUACUUCGAGGAAUCAUUACAUUUGUACAAGCUUUACAAAUCUAUUGUGAACAACUGCAGACUCACGUGCAACUCGCCAGAGUAUAAAUCUAAAAUUAAAGAGAAUAUUGAAGACCUGAAGAUAUACGAAAGGUUUUUUGUAAAAAGGGAUUGCUUGUAUAAGUGCCAGGAAAGUGGAUUCAACGAUAUGCAUAUAAACAGUACUAUUAGAGAUUCAACUAUAUUCAAUUUGGAGAUGAGAAGACCAUAUGAAUAUUUGCAUGUGUGCUAUUUCGAAAUGAAUGCUUUACCCAAAGCCGCUUCUGCUGUAUUCACACACCUCGUAGUAAAUCCAGACAAUGAGCAAAUGCAAAGAAAUCUCAAAUAUUACAUAGAACAGCCUGAAGUCGAUGCAAAUGAAGUGGUUGACCUACAAAGUGAGGACUACACAGUCAUGUACAAAAUGGGCAUACAAGCAUAUAAAAAUAAUAACUGGGGUGAAACUAUAGCAAGUAUGGAAGAAGUUGUGUCAGAUUACAUACUUUGGGAAAACAUGUGUCGUGCAGACUGUGAAAGGCAGCCGGAACAGGAAUCAUCAUCUGAAUUUGUUGUAACAGUGUCUAAUAACAUAGCAUCACUUCUCCACUGUCGGCAACAAUGCCAAGAUAAACUUGCAAUUCUUGGAUAUCAUUCUGGUGUUGGGUUUCUAGCGGAUGUUCUCAAUUAUAUUCAGAUAUCUUAUUAUCGUCUGGACAGGUACAAAGAGGCUGCGAGAACAACAGCAAGCUAUUUAGUACUGUUGCCUAAUGAUUCGGACAUGCUUCAAAAUAAAAUGAUAUACAGUACACUUGUAGCAGAAAAUGCUUUUGAAGAAAGAUCUGACAUUGUCCACUACUCGAAGCGUGAUGAAUAUGAAAAAGAACUUCUGUAUCUUUUUCAUCAGGGAAUCAAUGCUAUUGAUUCUAAUGCCAUAUAAACAGUAUUUUUACUGAUUGAUUAUCUACAAAGUACAAUUUUAACUGCAGUUUGAUUAAUACACUAACUACUCAGUGUACUAUUAUGAUAGUUACAUAAAGUCUUGUUAAUACAAAUAUAU